AUGGAUUCUGAACAGCCUCGAGGUCAGGAUAGAAAACGGCCGAGCCAGGGAGGACGAGGUUCGAAACGACAGAAAACUCGAAAAGAGAAGCCGGCGACAGAGGGCGGGCAUGAGGAGGUGCUUCUUGCGGAUGUGCGUGCCUUGUUUGCGGUUCAGAAACUCUCCACACCAGCAAUUAAUUCUGCCGAAUCCCUUCCUGCAGCUGCAGAUGCGAAUACAACGGAGAUCGAAAUACCAGCAGAAAAUGGGGAGUCUGAGGGGGCAGUCGCUGGAGCUGAGGACCAACCAUUGCCAGCACCAUUUACUGAAAUAGAGGUCAAGGUUUUGGAGCUUUCCUCGACUGGCGAUGGGCUCGCGAAACAAGAUGGUUCAAACCAGAUAUAUGUGGUACCCUUCACCUCGCCUGGGGAUGUGGUCAAAAUCAAGGUUAUCAGACGCUUCGAAAGGGAACACUACUCCAUUUGUGACUUUGUAUCUGUGGUUACUCCAGGUCCAUUCCGAGACGACAGUCGGAUCAAUUGCAAAUACUUCAGCAAAUGCUCAGGGUGUCAGUUCCAGAUGAUGGAUUACGAUGCUCAAUUGGCACACAAAAGGACGAUCGUCGAGAAGGCCUACAAGAACUUCUCGCAAUUACCUCCGGGACUUGUGCCAGUCAUCGAAAAUACAAUUGGUAGCCCUCUACAGUAUGGGUAUCGAACAAAACUUACCCCGCAUUUUGAUGGGCCUCCAGGACACAAUACGAGAGCUGCCAAAAGAGAGGGUGUUCGCCCUCAAUUUAAAGAGGUGCCAAAUAUUGGAUUCAUGCUGAAAGGUCAACGCAAAACUCUGGAUAUUGAGGAUUGUCCUAUUGGUACGGAUGCUGUCAACAUGGGAAUGAAGAGGGAGAGGCUUAAUGUUGCCAAGAAUUUGGAAAAGUAUAGAAAGGGGGUCACCAUUUUACUGCGGGAAAGUACAGAGCGGGUACCAAAGGAUGACAAAAAGGCAGUCGAUUUACCUGAAGAUACCAUUAAAGUCGAGGGAACAAAUUAUACCGAUUUUAAGACUUGUAUCACUGACAACAACGCCAAAUCAACUGAAUAUAUUGACGAUUUCGUCUUUACCAACACUGCCGGAGCUUUUUUCCAGAACAACAAUUCCAUCCUUCCAGUAUUUACUCAAUACAUCCGAGAUCAGAUUCUACCACCAGCAAAUCCAAAUGCCCCUGCAAUAAAAUAUUUCAUCGAUGCCUACUCUGGGUCAGGUCUCUUUACAAUCACCCUCUCCUCACUUUUCACAAAGUCAGUUGGAAUUGAUAUCGCAGAGUCAUCAAUCAUAUCCGCAAGAGAAAACGCUGCUCUCAAUAAACUUCCGCCUUCACAAUGCACAUUCAUAGCAGCGGAUGCUCCACAACUUUUCAAAUCUGUCGAGUAUCCCAAUGAUGAGACUGUUGUCAUUCUGGACCCACCACGAAAAGGAUGCGACGAGAGUUUCCUCAACCAGCUUUUGAAAUUUGCACCCAGAAGAGUGGUUUAUGUGAGUUGCAAUGUGCAUACACAGGCUAGGGAUGUUGGCGUACUAGUUCGGGGAAUCUCGAGUGUCAAGACUAGAUAUGAAAUUGAGACUUUGAGAGGGUUUGACUUUUUCCCUCAGACCGGACAUGUUGAAGGUGUGGCUGUUCUAAAUCGAGUGCAUGAGGUGAAAGAUGAGGAGUUGAAGGAGGAGAAAGUUGAGGUUAAGGAGGCGACAAUGGAGAAUGCAGCUUAG